ACUUGAAAACACGUAAAAUUUUACCUCUGUUUUUAACACGCUGGAUCAAACGCGAUACGACAGACACAACCUCUGCACUACCUUCAACAUGACUUCCAACACCAAUGACGUUGUCAUAUCUCCUUUCGAGACCGAAAGGGAUUUCAAGCAGGCACAACAUUGCUUGUCCGAAGCUUUUGGGCGUCAAGCAAAAGACUCCGUCUGGAUGCUGAUGAACCCCGGGUGGGAUACAGAAGAAGGACGAGCAAAACACGCCAAAGGAUUAAUGGAGAAAUGGCAGUCUAUCACCACCAACAAGGAUGGACAGCCUAAUGCCAUCUAUCUAAAGGCUACUCUUCCCGACCCAGAUGGGCCUGGAGAGAGACGAGUUGUUGGUAUGGCUAUCUGGAGGCAACUAUCGUUUGUAGAAGGCUACGGUGAUCCUUUCUCAGACGACAUGAGUGCUUCCCUUACCAACUUUGACGAAACGAAACGACGCUUUGCAACUCAAGUGUUCCGCUCGCUUUGGAAGCGCCGCAUUGCGUACAUGCACGAAGUCAAGGAGUCAGGACGCAACCCGCCUGCAAUUUUUACCCUGGAUAUAUGUGCAGUCGAUCCAGCCUACCAACGCCGUGGCAUUGCAGCUAAGCUUGUUGAAGUCGGUCUUGCUGAAGCGAAGAAGAGAGGCGAUCUGGAGUGUACGACAGAGGGUAGUGCUAUGGGAAGAGUAGUGUAUCAGAGACUAGGAUUCAAGGACGAAGGGACUGGCGACAUCCAAUAUGAGGUGGAUGAAGAGUUCAAAACAUGGGACAAGCCAGCGAACCUCUUCUUGAGGACUCGCGCUUGAUAGGAUGACUGCAUGCUGUUGAGUGCUGCCCUGAAAGAAAGACUGGAAACCCCCUUUGUAGACACGUACACAUUUUGGCUUAUCACGACACCCUGAAAUGACCAAUUCUCCUGCGGCCAUCUCCGUCAACAGCAUAAAAGGUGAC